AUGGAUUCGGCGUCCCCGGCGACGAUGGCGACCGACCACGAAUUGUUUGUUGGGGAUCUCAUCGACCAGAUGCGGAAGCAGCGCCAGGAGAAGAGCCGCAGCUACAGGAACCUGCCCUACUUCACGCACCUUGGCUCGGGCGAGGUGUUUGAGGCCCUGGACCGCGUGCGGCAGGCGAACCUGCAGCAGAUGCAGCUGAAGAUGCAGAAGGACUGCUCGUACAUGCAGCAUAUGGACGACAUGUCCCUCGAGGGCCGCAACGCUGAGAGCGUCCGCAAGCGGGUGCAGGAGGGGAAGUUGCAGGGCGGCUUCCGCCAGGUCCAGAGCAAUGGGCAGACCACGGUGUGCGGCUGCCUGGACUGCCAGCUGCGCUUAGGGAAUAAGCAGUUCAACAGCUCAUUCCAGUACGAGCAGUCCAAGGACACGCUGGCCCAGCGGGUGCAGCGCUCGAAGCUCACCUUCCUGGGGGCUGCUGCGCACGGCAAGCCGAUGCUCGCCAUGCACCUGGCCAACGAAGGCGGGGCCCCCGACGCGCUCGGCACGGCGCUGCACGCGGCCGUGCUGCGCGGGGACGUGGAUCUCGUGAGGCUACUCUGCGGGCGCACCGAGUGCGACACCUCCGCCACCUGGGCCGGCGUGACGGCUCUGGACUUUGCUGUGUUUCGGGGCUUUGAAGAUGGUGGGGAGGUGCUCUUGCAGCACGGAGCGCCGCUGUGCCAUUUCCAGCACGACACUCUCCACGAGGCCGUGGACCGCGGGAGUGCGCUGCUCCUACGGUCGCUCUUGCAGCAGAUGGGUAUUUUUUCGCACCAGAGCCCGUUUGUUUCCAGUGCGCGCAUGGAAGUGGUCAACAGCGCGAACUCCGACGGGAACACGCCGCUGCAUCUGGCGUGCCUGCUGGAGACCAGGGAGGCGGCGGUGAAGGUGCUGGUCGCCCACUGCGCAGAUUCCAACAAGGAGAACGCAGACGGCUUGACGGCGAUGGACUGCUGCGUCCAGGCUGGGAAUCGUUCUGCCUGGAAGGCGCUGCGGCACGCUGCCGGUUCGCAGGCCAAGUACCACAAGUUCGAGACGGAGAGCCGGUCGUUGCGCGGGGCCGUGGCAGCCAAUUGCCUCUUCCUGGUCCGGAACGUACACCUGAGACAGGAGGACGACCGGAAGACCACCGAUAGGUCGCGCGCCGACUUGGGGGACGUGCUGCACCUGGCCGUGUCCACGCCAGGCGUCGCCGACGACCUGGUGCAGUACAUGGUCGAGCAGGGCGCGGACGUGAACGCGAUGAAGGAUGGGUUCAGCGUCCUGGACGCUUGCCUGCAACACAACAUCGUCAGCGAGAGCGUUCUGGGCAGGCACGCCAGGCUCAGCAAAUUCCAGGACUACAGCCUCCGAGCCGCAACGAAGGAGGGCAUAACUGGUCUCGUCCGGUACCUGGCAAAUACCGCCAGGAAAGGAGGCAAGGACGGCGUGAAUCAGCGCGAGUCGGGGCUUGUUCCGCUGCACGUUGCCGCCUCGUGCGGCUUCGUGGAAGUCGUCAAGGUGCUGCUCAAGUGCAGUAGCAACGCCCACGAGCAGACCGACGAUGGCAAGACGGCGCUGGAUCUAGCCUGUGAGGAGCUGUCGCGGCUCCAGCCGACGGGCGACCGUGGUGGCGAGGAGGACGGGCGCAUCCUGGGGCUGUGCCGUACCGUGGACGCGCUGCUGUCCAGGGGCUGCAGGCUGAAGGAGUUCCAGGACGAGUCGCAGGUGGAGCGGGCGAUGCAGGCCAUCAGGAGCGAGGCCGAGGAGUCGCGGCGGGAGGCGCAGGAGCAGGGCGACGCCAAGAGGCGGGAGGAGGAUGCCCGGAAGCACGCCAAGAAGCGGCGCGAGGAGGCCGACGAAGUAUUGCGCCAGGUCGAGCGCGAUGUUCGUGCCAGCAUGGCGGAGGAGGACCGCAAGCAGGAUGGCUACAAGGAGGCGGAGAAGCUGGCCAAGAAGGUGGCCGAGAGCAGGGAGGUGCUGCAGGCGAGCUGGAAGGGGGACGGCGAGAAGUUGCCGGAGUACCUCUCGAGCAAGUACUACCAGAUCCGAAUCGACGUGCUGCGACGGAGGAUCCAAGAGAGGGACCAGCAGAUCGAGGAGGCGCUGAAGAAGAUGGACUUCGCGGAGGAAGACUACUUGUGGUUGCUGCGCAAGAAGAUGCGGGAUCUGAGGCUAAAGUACCAUCCAGACAAGAUCACGGACCGGCAGUCCACCGAGGAAGACUACAAGUUCUAUGAGCGAAUAACGAAGGCGUACGACGUGCUCUGCACCAAGGAGGAGCGCGACAAGUACUUGGAAAUGUCGAACCACGUAGAGUGGCUCCAGCAGCACGGGGAGGAGGAGGAGGCCAGACUCGUGGAGAAAGCGAUCUACGACAUGGACACGCAGAAAAAGGCCAAGAAGGAGGACAGGAAAGAAGAGGAGUCCGCGCAGCCUCCUCGGGAGCACGUGGAGCGAGCGAAGAAGAAGCUGCAGGAGCGGCGCGACGAGGACACGUGGGACAAGUCCGGCGAGAAGAUCAGGGCGCUGACGCUGGGCACCCCGAACAAGUGCAAGGCGCCGGUGGUGACCGCGCAGCGCUUCGCGGAGAGGCUGGAGCAGUGCUGGAUCGACCUGGAGUGGGUGUGCAAGUGCGCCUUCGCCUCGGCGGAGCGGAUCGAGUACGAACUCCGGGUGCAGGCGAUAGACAAGGGCGUGGAGGACUGGGCGGAGGUGUACCACGGCUGGGAGAGCAGUGUUGCGGCCUUGGGCCCGUUCCCCGUCGGCACCUACGAGUUCAUGGUCCGCGCCCGGAACAGCGUCGGUUGGGGCGAGUGGAGCGACGUGAUAGUCGUGACGUUGACCGACCCCAAGUGGGAGAAGCAGCAGAAGAGGGAGGCGGAGCAGCAGGUCAUGCGGGAGCAGGCAAAGACGCUUCAGUGGGACCUGCAGCAGAUCGUCGAGGAGUUCGAGGGGAUGCAGGGCGAGAACAAACUGACCAUCCAUAGGGCAUCGAACCUCCUCUUCCACCUCCAGGCCGAGCUGAAGCGGGCACGGACCGUGCGCGCCUACAUGGCCAAGCCCGCGGUGAUGCGGGAGGCCGAGGCAGCCGUGAGGCUGCUGGAGAAGUGGCGGGACCGGAAGGAGGCGUUCGCGGAGUGGAGGCAGACGCUCUCUGAGAUGCGUGGCCAGUUGCUCCAGGAGUGCCCCGCCGCCGCGGUCUCCGCCGAGCGCGACCGGGAGGCGGGCGACCUGCACCACUUCCUGGGCCAGGACGAGCACUAUUUCGGCUCGCUGAGCCCAGAGAUCCGGAACCUGAUUGUGCAGACCCUGCUGGGCCUGGACGCCAAGGGAGUGUUCAAGAAGCUGACUCCGCCGCAGAAGGAGCUGAUCCUGAGCGUGCUGCGGCGCGGCGCGGAGCUGGGGCGCGCGCCGCUGCCAGCCGGGUCGGAGACUCCCCAGGGUGACGCGGGCGGCAGGGGCACGCCUUCGUCCGCCGCGGAGAAGAGCAGGACAAUAUUCACGAGGCACCAGACGGAGCAGCUGCUGCGGCUCGCCGAGCGUUUUGCAGGCGCUCACUGCCGCGCCGCUGCGGCGCCCGCCUCGCCGUCCUCGGGCGCCCUGCGCGGGGCCGGCGACAGGGGGCUCAGCGAUUUCGACGCCCCCGAGGAGGUCCUGGAGCGGAGCGCGGACGCAGCGCCGACGUCCCCGAGACCGCGAGCGGCAUCAGCCGAACCGGCUACCCCGACGCUGCCGCUCGCAGGCGAGCUUGCCUCGGACGCGGGCGCCGCGCAGAGGGACAGGGGCGAGAAGCGUGCUAGGACGGUCUACGUCGUUGGCUUGCCGCACCGCGAACACGUCACGCGAGGCGACCUCGUCGGUGCCCUGAGGCCCUUCGCCGAGGUAGACGGCGCGCGGGUGGGCACCACCGACGCGCUGGUGCGGUUCACCACGCCCGACGCCGCGAAAGCCGCCCUGAGCGCCCUGGAUCAGGGCCUCGUGGCCCUGCGCCGCUCGAUCUUGAGCGGCACGCUGGCGGCCGUGGACUCGCUGACCGAGGAGUCGCUCCUGCGGGCGAGCGGCAAGAGCCCCCCCGAGAAGCGGCCGCAGCCCGCCACGCCCUCGGCACCGUCGAAGGCGCCGGUGGCGCAGCAGCCUCAGCAGCAGCAGCAGCAGCAGCAGCAGCAGCAGCAGCAGAAGCAGCAGCAGUCACCGGCGCAGCCGAAGCAGAGGCGGCCAUUGCAGCCGCCCGCGGCGGCGCAGGGCACCCCCCCCCAGCAGCCGUCUUCACAGCAGCGGGCUGCGGACCAGGUGCACCGGCACAUGGACCCGAUCCAGCGGCUCGUGCAGCCGCAGCACCCGCCGCGCGCGGCGCCGCAGCCGCCCGCGCCGCCGCCAGCCAGAUCGGCGCCGUCGCUGCCAGCGUGGUCGCCCGCCCGCGCGCUGCCGAGGGAGGUGCUGGAGCAGGCCGCAGCGGCCCUGUCGCCCGACCUGGCGGAGCCUCCGGCCGCGUCGGGCCAAGCAGCCGACCAGGUGCCGAAGAUCAGCCUCAGCCAGCUGUGCAACACCGACGGCAGCACCGCGAUGUUCGAGUGCCCUCUGUGCAAGGGCGUCGCCUGGCAGCCGAAGGUGACGAUGUGUUGCCAGAAGGUGUUCUGCGGGCGGUGCCUGGACACUUGGCUCCAGACCAGCACGGCCUGCCCGCAUUGCUCCGCUGCCGUCAUGGUCAAGGACGGCAGCACGGGCGGCUGCUGCGAGCAGCGCGUCAAGAAGCUCGACAGGAGCUCCACGGGCGUGCAGGCGGUGCUUUGGCGGGUCUACGGCAACUUGCGUAUCAACUGCGCCAACAAGUGCGGGUGGACGGGGAACAUCCUCUCCUACAGCGAGCACUUGGCGCACCAGUGCAGGCUUGCCGCUCGCCCAGUGCAGGAUGCCCAGGGGAACCCACGGGCAGCGCCGCCAGCGCGGCGGGAGCCCGUAGUUCCAGCGCCCGCGCCGACGACCUCGACGCCGUCGACGGCGGCGGCGCCGAGCGCGCCAAAGCGGCCAGCGCAGGCCGAGGAGGCCCAGAGCAACGCUAAGGUUGUUGUGGAGGACCACCGCGCUGCGGACCCGACGCAGCUCUCGCUCAAGGCGGGCGACCGGGUCAUCGUGCAGCAGGUGGCUGCGCACGGUUGGGUGUACGGGCAUCGGCUCGAGCCCGGAGGGUCCACCCAGGUUGUUAGGGAUUACGACGCGUCUGACCCCAAUCAGCUCUCCGUGAGGAAGGGCGAGCUGGUCUGUGUCCGGCAGAAGGUUUCCGCGUGCGACGUUCUCGUGGACGGCCCCGAGGACGAGGUCUCGAACGAGGCCUCGGCCGCCUCGUGCCCCACGGACGAGGAGCCCUGGCCUGGAGCGACGUCACGCUCGCGAGGCCGCGGCGGCGGCAAGGCCUUCCGCUGCUCCGGCGAGGUGAUGUUUCCGCCCGCCCUGGCCCCCAGGCCCAGGACCCAGGAUCGCAGAGUUGACCAGUGGUAUGGUAAGCAUGCGCUCAACACGUCGCUCGGGGAGUUUAAAGCUAGGGCCCGGACAGAGGCCCGCGUCGACGGGCGCUGCGCCGCGACCACCGCGCCCCCGCCGGUCCCGCGCGAAGGCUGGGGCUCUGUGGGCGCCUCGCCCUGGCAUGGGAUCUGGGAUCCAGUCGAGAUGGCAAGCUUUCGCCAGGCAAGCUCGCCCGCGGCGAACCUUCGCGAGGACUGGAUUUCUGGCGCGGGCGAGGACGCCCGUUAUCAGGCAGCUUGCGUGCUCUGCGCCAAUAGUUGCCUCAUUGACACGGCGGUGCACAUCGCGCGACGGCGUGGCGGCAUAGUGCGCGCGUGCGCAGACGACAGGUGGCUACUGAUACCCAUUGUGCUCAGGACCGCCCUGGGCGAUUUCUUCGUUUCCAAUGGGGUCGAAGUGGAUGGGGGCUCGGGGGGGCCUGUUGGAGCGGCGCUGCUAGUUCGAGGCAAGUUUGUUUCGCCCAAGCAAGUUAGACCUGCAUGGACGCAUGCAGGAGAUCUUGCGGGCCGCAUCGGCGCAGUUCGCUUCAAGACUGAGAGCGCGGACGUGGCCAUCAUCGUGGCGUACGCCCUUGUGGAGCCGCCUGGAGGUCGAGGACGUGCCGUUGCUGUCAGGUUCUGCAAGAAGUUCUGGGACACGAAGAAGGGGCUGCUGGACGAGCUGCCUGCACGCACGGUGCCCGUCAUCGUGUCGGGCGCCAGCGCUCGGGCCGGCAGCGAGUUGAGCGACGCGCUGGGGGCGCGCAACGCGGGCCAGGAGAACGCAAACGGCGGUUUCUUCAGAGAGGCGCUGGAGGAGCAUCACUUGUGCGCGGUGAAGAUCUUUUCCGAAUGCAGCCCUACGCGCUGUCAUGGGGACGCGGUUUCCACGGCGAGAGUUGACUACAUCUGCAGUGCGAGAGACGUUGGCGGGCUUGCUUCGUCGCACAGAGUAUGGGAACGCGCAGGGGAAGCGCUACAGCUCAUCAACACGAGGCGCGCCUUCCCUACGGGGGCGAUCCGUGCUGUCGGCCAGGUGGCGUUCAUCGCGGAGACGCUGUCGAGGCAGAGUGCCGACUCGAUAUACCUGGAGUUCCACGACGCAGCGACGCCUGCCAACACGAGCAAGCAGGAGUGUUUCGUGCAUCUAGGCGCUCAGACUCGUAAGCGCGUGGCCGUCGACGACGGCACCACGGAGAAGAAAGUCGAUCUUGCCCUCAAGCUCGGCGUCAUCAAUUCCCAGAGGAAUCGCCUCGAGGCGGCCUGCACCACGCAGUUCACUAUCAAGGUUGCCGACCCCAUCGAUCAGGCGAUGAAGAACGCACACGACAACGAGUAUCUCCCCCGCGUCAAGGGCCAGAAGGGACACGGUCUUGGCGCACCCGACAGUUUCAUGUCCAUGGGAGUAGCAGUCACAGCGAUGCCGCGCGCCACGCAAGAGCAGCAGGUCGCCCUCUUCCAGGCGAGGCAGCUCGCAGGGCAGAAGGACGAGGAUCAGGAGCUGCGGGCCACGGGGCAGCUCGUCGCGCGGCUGCAGCAGGCCCUGGAGCUGCAGCAGCGGGAGCAGGGGCGCCUCGCCUCGCUCGAGGAGGCAGUGUCCAGGCGGAGCGACGGCGAAGACGACAAAGUGGAGAAGUUGUUGCUUGCGGUUGCCGGUGGGAAGCAGCUUGCCGAGGAGCGGUCACUGGUGCAGCGCUGCCUGGACUACAGCGACCGUGCUACCAUGAGGCCAUUGGCAGUCUUAGGCAUGUUGGUAUUCAGGUUGGGCGUGCGUGGCCAGGACAUGCGGUUCGCAGACAUAGCGACAAUGGCAACUGACCACGAGCUGUUUGUCGGGGAUCUCAUUGACCAGAUGCGGAAGCAGCGACAGGAGAAGAGCCGCAGCUACAGGCACCUGCCUUACUUCACGCACCUCGGCUCAGAGGAGGUGUUCGAGGCCCUGGACCGCGUGCGGCAGGCGAAUCUGCAGCAGAUGCAGCUGAAGAUGCAGAAAGACUGCUCGUACAUGCAGCACAUGGACGACAUGUCCCUUGAGGGCCGCAACGCGGAGAGCGUCCGCAAGCGGGUGCAGGAGGGGAAGUUGCAGGGCGGCUUCCGCCAGGUCCAGAGCCAUGGGCAGACCACGGUGUGCGGCUGCCUGGAUUGCCAGUUGCGCUUAGGGAACAAACAGUUUAACAGCUCGUUCCAGUACGAACAGUCCAAGGAAGCGCUGGCCCAGCGGGUGCAACGCUCGAAGCUUACCUUCCUAGGGGCUGCUGCUCACGGCAAGCCGAUGCUCGCCAUGCACCUGGCGAACGAAGGCGGGGCCCCCGACGCGCUCGGCACGGCGCUGCACGCGGCCGUGCUGCGCGGGGACGUGGAGCUCGUGAGACUGCUCUGCGGGCGCAGCGAGUGCGACGCCUCCGCCACCUGGGCCGGCGUGACGGCUCUGGACCUCGCCGUGUUCCGGGGCUUCGAAGAUGGCGGGGAGGUUUUGUUGCAGCACGGGGCGCCGCUCUGCCACUUCCAGCAUGACUCCCUGCACGAGGCCGUGGACCGCGGGAGCGCGCUGCUCCUACGGUCGCUCCUGCAGCAGAUGGGCAUUUUCUCACAUCAGAGCCCGUUCGUCUCCAGCGCGCGCGUGGAAGUGGUCAACAGCGUGAACUCGGACGGGAACACGCCGCUGCAUUUGGCGUGCUUGCUGGAGAACCGGGAGGCGGCGGUGAAGGUGCUCGUCGCCCACUGCGCGGAUUCCAACAAGCAGAACGCAGACGGAUUGACAGCGCUGGACUGCUGCGUGCAGGUUGCCAACCGCACGGCCUGGAAGGCGCUGCGGCACGCUGCCGGCUCGCAGGCCAAGUACCAGAAGUUCGAGACGGAGAGCCGGUCGUUGCGCGGGGCCGUGGCAGCCAAUUGCCUCUUCCUGGUCCGGAACGUUCACCUGAAGCAGGAGGACGACCGGAAGGCCGCCGAGAGGUCGCGCGCCGACCUGGGGGACGUGCUCCACCUGGCCGUGUCCACGCCGGGCGUCGCCGACGACCUGGUGGAGUACCUGGUCGAGCAGGGCGCGGACGUGAACGCGAUGAAGGACGGGCUCAGCGUCCUGGACGCCUGCCUGCAGCACAACAUCGUCAGCGAGAGCGUCCUGGGCAGGCACGCCCGGCUCAGCAAGUUCCAGGACUACACCCUCCGGGCCGCGGCGAAGGAGGGCAUCACCGGCCUCGUGCGGUACCUCGCGAACACCGCCAGGAAGGGAGGCAAGGACGGCGUGAAUCAGCGCGAGGCCGGGCUCGUUCCGCUGCACGUGGCCGCCUCGUGCGGCUUCGUGGACGUCGUCAAGGUGCUGCUCAAGUGCAGUAGCAACCCCCACGAGCAGACCGACGACGGCAAGACCGCGCUGGACCUGGCCUGCGAGGAGCUGUCGCGGCUCCAGCCGACGGGCGACCGCGGCGGCGAGGAGGACGGGCGCAUCCUGGGGCUGUGCCGCACCGUGGACGCGCUGCUGUCCAGGGGCUGCAAGCUGAAGGAGUUCCGGGACGAGUCGCAGGUGGAGCGGGCGAUGCAGGCCAUCAAGAGCGAGGCCGAGGAGUUGCGGCGGGAGGCGCAGGAGCAGGGAGACGCCAAGAGGCGGGAGGAGGAUGCCCGGAGGCACGCCAAGAGGCGGCGCGAGGAGGCCGACGAAGUCCUGCGCCAGGUCGAGCGCGAUGUCCGUGUCAGCAUGGCGGAGGAGGACCGCAAGCUGGACGCCUACAAAGAGUCGGAGAAGCUGGCCAAGAAGGUGGCCGAGAGCAGGGAGGUGCUGCAGGCGAGCUGGAAGGGGGACGGCGAGAAGUUACCAGAGUACCUCUCGAGCAAGUACUACCAGAUCCGGAUCGACGUGCUGCGGCGGCGGAUCCAGGAGAGGGACCAGCAGAUCGAGGAAGCGCUGAAGAAGAUGGACUUUGCGGAGGAAGACUACCUGUGGCUGCUGCGCAAGAAGAUGCGGGACUUGAGGCUGAAGUACCACCCGGACAAGAUCACGGACAGGCAGCCCACGGAGGAGGACUACAAGUUCUACGAGCGAAUCACGAAGGCGUACGACGUGUUGUGCAACAAGGAGGAGCGCGACAAGUACCUGGAGAUGUCGAACCACGUCGAGUGGCUCCAGCAGCACGGGGAGGAGGAGGAGGCAAGGCUCGUGGAGCGGGCGAUCUACGACAUGGAGACGCAGAAGAAGUCGAAGAAGGAGGACAGGAAAGAGGAGGAUACAGCGCAGCCUCCUCGGGAGCACGUCGAGCGUGCGAAAAAGAAGCUGCAGGAGAGGCGCGACGAGGAGACGUGGGAAAAGUCCGGCGAGAAGAUCAAGGCGUUGACGCUUGGCACCCCGAACAAGUGCAAGGCGCCAGUGGUGACUGCGCAACGCUUCACUGACAAGCUGGAGCAGUGUUGGAUCGACAUCGAAUGGGUGUGCAAGUGCGCCUUCGCCUCGGCGGAGCGGAUCGAGUACGAACUCCGGGUGCAGGCGAUAGACAAGGGCGUGGAGGACUGGGCGGAGGUGUACCACGGCUGGGAGAGCAGCGUUGCGGCUCUGGGCCCGUUCCCCGUCGGCGCUUACGAGUUUAUGGUCCGCGCCCGGAACAGCGUCGGCUGGGGCGAGUGGAGCGACGUGAUAGUCGUGACGCUGACCGACCCCAAGUGGGAGAAGCAGCAGAAGAGGGAGGCGGAGCAGCAGGUCAUGCGGGAGCAGGCCAAGACGCUCCAGUGGGACCUGCAGCAGAUCCUCGACGAGUUCGAGGGGAUGCAGGGCGAGAACAAGCUGACCAUCCACCGGGCAUCCAACCUCCUCUUUCACCUCCAGGCCGAGCUGAAGCGAGCGCGGACCGUGCGCGCAUACAUGGCCAAGCCCGCGGUGAUGCGGGAGGCCGAAGCAGCCGUGAGGUUGCUGGAGAGGUGGCGGGACCGGAAGGAGGCGUUCGCGGAGUGGAGGCAGACGCUCUCGGAGAUGCGUUGCCAGCUGCUCCAGGAUUCUCCCGCCGCCGCGGUCUCCGCCGAGCGCGACCGGGAGGUAGGCGACUUGAAUCAUUUCCUGAGCCAGGACGAGCACUACUUCGGUUCGCUGAGUCCGGAGGUCAGGAACCUGAUCGUGCAGACCCUACUGGGCCUGGAUGCCAAGGCGGUGUUCAAGAAGUUGACUCCGCUGCAGAGGGAGCAGAUCCUGCAGGUGCUGCGGCGUGGCGCGGAGCUGGGGCGCGCGCCGCUGCCAGCCGGGUCGGAGACCCCCCAGGGCGACGCGGGCACCCGGGGGACGCCGUCGUCCGCCGUUGAGAAAAGCAGGACAAUAUUCACGAGGCACCAGACGGAGCAGCUGCUGCGGCUCGCCGAGCGUUUUGCAGGUGAGCCUGCCUCGGACGCGGGCACCGCGCAGAAGGAGAAGGGCGAGAAGCGCGCCCGGACAGUGUACGUCGUUGGCUUGCCGCACCGCGAGCACGUCACGCGAGGCGACCUCGUCCGGGCCCUGAGGCCCUUCGCCGAGGUAGACGGCGCGCGGGUGGGCACCACCGACGCGCUGGUGCGGUUCACCACGCCCGACGCCGCGAAAGCCGCCCUGAGCGCCCUGGAUCAGGGCCUCGUGGCCCUGCGCCGCUCGAUCUUGAGCGGCACGCUGGCGGCCGUGGACUCGCUGACCGAGGAGUCGCUCCUGCGGGCGAGCGGCAAGAGCCCCCCCGACAAGCAGCCACAGCCCGCCACGCCCUCGGCUCCGUCAAAGGCGCCGGCGGCGCCCGCCACGCCCUCGGCUCCGUCGAAGGAGGUGCUGGAGCAGGCCGCGCUGACCUCGUCGCCCGACCUAGCAGAGCCUCCCGCCGCAUCGGCCCAGGCAGCCGACCAGGUGCUGAAGAUAAACCUCAGCCAACUGUGCAACACCGACGGUAGCACCGCGAUGUUCGAGUGCCCGUUGUGCAAGGGCGUCGCUUGGCAGCCGAAGGUGACUAUGUGUUGCCAGAAGGUGUUUUGUGGGCGGUGCCUGGACACCUGGCUCCAGACCAGCACGGCCUGCCCGCACUGCUCCGCGGCCGUCAUGAUCAAGGAUGGCAGCACUGGCGGCUGCUGCGAGCAGCGGGUCAAGAAGCUCGACCGGAGCUCCACGGGCGUGCAGGCGGUGCUGUGGCGAGUGUACGGCAACCUGCGCAUCAAUUGCGCCAACAAGUGCGGGUGGACGGGGAACAUCCUCUCCUACAGCGAGCACCUGGCCCACCAGUGCAGGCUCGCGGCUCGCCCGCCGCAGGCUGCCCAGGGGAACCUGCGGGCAGCGCCGCCGGCGCGGCGGGAACCCGUGCCUCCAGCGCUCGCGCCGACGACCGCGCCGCCGUCGACGGCGGCGGCGCCGAGCGCGCCCAAGCGGCAAGCGCAGGCCGAGGAGGCCCCGAGCAACGCCAAGGUCGUUGUGGAGGACCACCGCGCUGCGGACCCGACGCAACUCUCGCUCAAGGCGGGCGACCGGGUCGUCGUGCAGCAGGUGGCUGCGCACGGCUGGGUCUACGGGCAGCGGCUUGAGCCCGGCGGCGGCCGCCAGGAGGGCUGGUUCCCCUCCUUCUGCAUGCCGGAGAACUGGUUUUCCAUCAGAUGGAUUAUCCUGCUCUUCUGGCUGACUUUGCCCACUGUGCCUCCCGCCUUGCUCAUCCAGCUACAUCUGACCGCCAUCCUCAAUACGAUCGCCAACGCCAUCAUAGUUCUCAUACUCAUAAGAGGGCGAGACGGCGCGGCGGAGGCGGAGGCCGAGGCCCCGCGCGACGCGCAGGAGCAGGGGCUGUUCGCGGACGAGCAGGCCAGACGCCGCGGCCUGGAGGGGCAGCUGGCGGAGAAGGAGAGGCGGCUGAAGGAGAUCAAGGCCAAGCUCGACGACGACGCGGGCGCCAGGGCACUCCUGGAGCAGCAGCUGCUGGAGAUGCAAAACGAGGCCCGGGACGCUCAGCGCCACCUGUCCGAGGAGAUCCAGAAGCGAGACGCUGCGCUCCUGGCGGCCCAUGAGAACCGGUGCGCCGACGGGGACGGCGGCGCCGCGAAGGAGCGCUACGACGAGCUGCAGCAGCAGCUCGCCCACGAGAUCAGCAGGCGCCGAGUCACGCAGUACCAGCACCUGAACAUCAUCAGGCAGAUGAGCGAUGUCCGGCAGCAGCUGUACGAUGUCCGGCACGGCGAAGAGCGCGGCAGCCGCACCCCCAUGGCGCCCCCGAUGGUGCACCCGCCCCCCUCCUGGCACUACGGCGCUCCUGUCCUGGGGCUGCCCGAGGAGCACGAGGAGGUGUACCAGCCGAACAAGCUGAUGGUGCUGUCCCCGUGGCCGCCUGGCGAGCGCGACGUGCUUUCCGCCAGCGCGCCUUCCGUGGGCCAGCUGGUGGGCCGCGACUCCUCCGGCGCGGCGCUGAGACGGCCUGCCGCGGGACCGCGGAGACGCGGACCGGCUCCCCGGUCCGGUUGGGCAUCUCGGCCGCGGCGGAGCCUGCGGGGAGCCUGCGGGUGCCGGCCGGCCAGGCCGUGUACCGGAGAGGCCCAGCAGUGUACUACGCGCCGCCGUCCUCAG